AUGUCUUUCUUUGGAAUAACUGCACUUGGCCCUCAAAACUCUUUCCAAACCCAUCUGAUUAACGCAAUUGGUCUGAACAUUUUCACACCUGAAGAAUUUAAAGCAGCCUUUGACAGAAUCGACAAAGAUAAAAGCGGUUAUAUAGAUAUCGAUGAAGUAAGAACAUUACUGAGAGAAACCUAUGGGAUGGACCCUUUAGAAGAAGAAGUCGCCUUCUUUAUGGAAGAAUUCGAUGCAAAUAGAGAUGGCAGAAUUUCUUGGCAAGAAUUCAUAUCAGCUUUAAAUAACAUUUUGGGCGAUCUUGAAGCAAGGGCCAGAAGAGCUAAACAGCUGUCAAGCUUCGACGAUUUAACCUUCAAGAGGAGAAAACAUAUACGUAGCAACAUAGCUCCACACGAAGUUUAUAUCCGACCCUUGACUUAUGGCCAAGGCUAUGGGUUUUUUGAUUUCGAAAAAGCUAGAAAAUUGCCAACUGCCACCCAGAAAACAUUUUAUAAAUCCUCUUGUGCGGAAACGAAAUAUGCAGAUAAUCUGAUAUCUGGAGGGCACCAUUAA